AUGGAAACCGUUAUCGGCAUCCGCGGUCGCGAUUUUGCCCUGGUGGCCUGCGAUCGGUAUGCAAACUCGAGCAUUCUUCGCAUGAAGGACGACGAAGACAAACUCUUGCUGGUCGAUGACGACAAAGUGAUGGGUUUCGCCGGACAAAUCGGUGACCGGCUCCAGUUCGGCGAUUACAUCCAGAAAAACAUCCACCUCUACCGAUUCAGAAACAACAAGAAACUCGGUUGCGCUGCCGCAGCGAACUUCACGCGCCAGCAACUCGCGUACUACCUGCGAAGAAGUCCGUACCACGUCGAUGUCAUGCUCGCGGGCUACGACGAGAUGGGGCCUCACCUUUACUGGAUGGAUUACCUGGCCUCGAUGGUGUCGGUGAAUAAGGCGGCGCACGGCUACGCGGCCUAUUUUUUGGGGGGGCUUCUAGAUCGCUACUACCACCCCGAGUUGACGGAAGAGGAGGCGCUCAAGAUCAUCGAAAUGUGCAAGAAGGAGCUCAUGACGCGCUUUAUCGUUUCGCAAGCUUCCUUCAGAGUGAAAGUUGCAACCAAGGAAGGGAUCCGCACCCUCGAUAUCUAG